AUGAAACUAAUAAUACUCAUUUUGCUCCUCAUACUUUAUUCAUUAUGCGAUGAAAUUACGACUUCAACUUCUGAAGAGGACACUGACAUGACUGCAACUCCAUCCACAACAACUCCUCUUCUAUCUACUGCUCAGAACCCAGGACUUCCGAAAACUUCGAUUCUCCCAAUUGCACUCAAAAGUCCUGUUCCCACAUUCUCCUUCUCAUCAUUAUCUACGAAUGACUGGCUAUCGUCUAUGCCAACCGUUCAGACAUUACUUCCCCCUCCGAUAGCUCCCACCACUAUGGAAGUUCCGGAUAAGGAGACAUUCGGAUUCAAUUCACUGACUCCCUUAUGGACCAUUCCUACCAAAACUCCAGUCAUAUCUCCUAUCAAUGAUUCUCCUAUAAAACCAAUGCAAGAUGUGUUCCCACCAUUCCCAACUAUGCCAACUCUCCCGACUCUUGCUCCAUUCACAUUUCCGACUCUUCCACCACCGACAACUAUGAAACCUUUGAACAUUACAAUCGACCCGGAAGCUAUUAUGGAUGUGCCAGAGAUAAUCGCUCAUUGGGGAUAUCCGGUCGAAACGCACAAAGUCGUCACAGCCGAUGGCUACAUCCUCACUUUGCAUCGCAUUCCGCAUGGAAAAAGUAAGCAUAUUGCCGUUACGAAUAGUUCAUUUCCGAAUACCAAAAAACUUCUUGAGAUGAGACCUCGAAAUCCGCAUCCAAAAUGCCUAAACCGGUCGUCUUUUUGCAACACGGACUUCUUUGUACGUCUUCGAUUUGGCUACUCAAUCUGCCGAGACAGAUACAUUUUCGCCGAUCAGGGUUAUGAUGUUUGGCUGGGUAACAUGAGAGGAAACACUUAUUCGAAGCAGCAUGUUAGAAUGACAUCAUCUGACAGGAGAUUCUGGAAAUUUAGCUGGGAAGAGAUGGCGAGAUAUGAUUUACCUGCUAUGAUCAAUUAUGUUCUUAAAAAUACUAGACAGUCAAAUUUGUAUUACGUCGGUCAUUCACAAGGAGCUCUCACAAUGUUCGCAAAAAUGAGUGAAGACCCAGAAAUGUCAACGAAGGUCAGGAAGUUCUUCGCACUGGCUCCUGUGGCAAGAAUGUCUCAUGUGAAGGGGCUAUUCCAUGAUUUGGGGCAAAUUUAUGAGCAAUACAAUUUGGUGUACCAAGUUUUCGGAGAUGGAGAGUUCUUGACAAAUAAUAUCUUCACCAAGCUCCUUACGGAUAUUUUCUGCGACCAAGCUGUGAACAAUCCCCUUUGUGAGAACUUCAUUUUUGCUGUCUCUGGCCCAAACAGUAACCAAUUCAAUAAUUCAAGAAUUGGGAUUUAUCUUGCACAUAAUCCAGCUGGAACUUCCUCCAGAAAUAUGCUUCAUUUUGCACAAAUGGUAAAGACUAAGAGGAUGUCUCGUUUUGAUUUUGGGAAAGAUCUGAACUCAAAAAUUUAUGGGGCUCCUCUACCUCCAGAGUAUGACAUUCGAAGAAUCAAUAGUUCUAUUUAUUUAUUCUACUCUGAUUUCGACUGGUUGGCAAAUCCGAAGGACGUUGAGGGAUUCUUGAUUCCAAUGUUGCCAACUAGAUCUUUGAAGAAAGCCACCAAACUUCGAGAUUUCAAUCACAACGAUUUUCUAUGGGGAAUGAGAGCCAGGAAGGAGAUUUACGAGAAGAUUAUAAACACUAUAAAAUUGGAUCAGAGGAGAGUGAAACUUCAGAAUAGUAUGGAUAGGUUUUUCGAAAAAGAAGUGAAUGAAGACGAUGAAGAAACGGAAUAUCGGCAAUGGCCAUUUUACACUGUAUUUCGGUCAAAGAGCACAACAAUCCGAGAGAUCUCAGAGAGAAAUGAAACUGAACCGCGAUUAGGCGUUCAUCUUUUUUCUUUUUGCUCCAAAAAAAAAAUAGAAACCUCAAUAAAUCUCAAACAUCCCCAUAAUUUUCCGUUCGUUCUGUCAUGCUCCUCUUUUUUCUUCUUUUUUUUGGCUUUUCCCUUGUGGUACCACCUUCAUUUCGUUUCUUUUUUGACAGAUGAGGAGCAGGGAGGAGGAGAACAGGAUGAUGUCUCUUUUCUCCGAACGUCGUCUUCAGUUCGAAGCGAGUUUUAUGAAAUAUUGCUCUCUUUUUCUCUCGAAAUUCGUUGCAACAAAAAAAUAGUGUCAGAAAGAUGCUGUUUUAUUGUAACACAGAGAGAAUUUUUUUGUCCCUUAGGCAAAAAGUACGCGGUUAACUCGAAAAAAAGCGAGGCCUCUUCUUUCGAAUCCUAUUCAGUUCCUUUCCGUCUCCUCUCUUCUUCCCCUUUGGCCUCGUUUUGUGCAUUCAUCUCCCGUCCGCCUUCCAACUUUUUGUCCUCUACUACGCACAUACAACCCAUAAACGUAUUUCUGGGGACACCCACGGAGGAAUUAACAUUGUCAGAUUUCCAGACAUCUCAUUACCCGCAUCAACGUGUACUAUUAGUUUUUUUAAUAACAUUGAGCUCUAUUUUCAGUAGUUCGAACUUUUAUAGGAUUUACUCGAAAUACGUCAUCCUCUACGAUAAUACAUCGCUCUACUACAUAGAUAUCGCUGAAAUUGUUUCCAGCAUGUUCAAAGUACCUUUGUUCAAAUUUUCAGCUAAUUCCCGAAGAACCUUUCAAAAAAGUUCCUUUGUUAGACCCUUAUUCCCAGUUGAUGAUAGUGAUCUCUCUUUAGAAAACAAACAAGGCUCCUGCUUUUGCCGAUUUGAUCUCGCCUCUAGGCUCUCCUUUUCUUUCCAUUUACACCCGAGAAUAUGUUAUGUCGCACAUAUGGCAUUCUGCCGUCCCGGUCCCGCCUAUUGUUUUUUCGUCGUCUUUUUCCUUCUCGCCGACUAUUCUUUAUUUUUUGUGCUGAUGGUGACUCUUCAGUUUUCAGACAAAGAGACUCCUCUCUUCACAUUAGAAGUCUGCUCUAGGCAGCAAAACCAUAGAACCCGCCAAAAAACCGCACACAAACGCAAAAACACAAGAUACACAACUCAGUAUAUUCAUGAUCACAAUUAUGUAACGAAGGGAGACAUCGUCUGCCUCUCCUGUGUUGCCUCACACAACAGAGAUGGAGUUCUCGGGUCAGAAAGAGUUUGUUUGUGCACAGAAGGUUUCGGUAACCGGAUGUGUACACUGGAAAACGUAUCGGACAAGGACAUCCCACCAGACAUUGCCAUGUGCAUGCUCUAUAUCGAUAACGCACUAUCAAUGAGAGCAUUACAGGAAAUGAUGUCAGCAGACAGUGAUCAUAAAUCUGCUUCUGGUGCUGGAGGUCACAAGACUCUUUUGUACGGACACGCGGUACAAUUGAAACAUGUGCAGAGUGAAAUGUAUCUUGCCUGCCUUUCGUCCUGCUCUUCAAACGAUAAACUAGCAUUUGAUGUAGGAGUACAAGAAACGAAUGAAGGAGAAGCGUGUUGGUGGACCAUUCAUCCAGCCUCCAAACAAAGAUCAGAAGGAGAAAAAGUGCGCGUCGGUGAUGACGUCAUUUUGGUUUCAGUGGCCACCGAAAGAUAUUUACACAUGGCAUAUAGCAAAGGCUACAUGGUAAUUGCAUCUUUCCAUCAAACACUAUGGAAUAUCCAGUCUGUCAGUUCAGGAAGCAUGAGAACCAGAAAUAUGGGAUUUCUCUUCGGAAAUGAUGUUCUGAGGUUGUUCCACGGUAACGAUGAAUGCUUAACAAUCCCAGAAAACUGGAGCGAGCAUCCACAACACAAGUCAUCUUCCAAAAAAUCUGAAAAUUAUUUCAGCAUGGUAAUCUACGAAGGAGGUGCCGCGGUGACACAAGCCAGAUCACUUUGGAGAGUAGAAUUAGUUCGAAUGAAAUGGCAUGGAGCACUGGUUGGAUGGGAACAAGUAUUCCGAAUCAAACACAUCACAUCCGGAAGGUAUCUAGGAGUUUUGGACAACGCGGUGCAACUUUACCACAAAGAAAAAGCAGAUUUCGAACUGACAGCCUUUGUUAUGUGCCAAAAUAAAGAUCCUAAGAAGCAGAUGCUCGAUGAGAAAGAGGAAGAAGGAAUGGGAAACGCCACGAUACGAUAUGGAGAGACCAACGCCUUCAUUCAACAUGUGAAAACUCAACUGUGGCUUUCUUAUCAAACAUCUGAAGUGACGAAAAAAGGAUUAGGAAAAGUUGAAGAGAAGAAAGCAGUAGCACUGAAAGAUGGUCACAUGGACGACUGCUACACUUUUUUCAUGGCUCUAGAAGAAGAAUCAAAAUCCGCCAGAGUCAUCAGAAAGUGUUCAUCGGUUCUCAACAAAUUCUUGAAAGGAAUCGAUGCAUUACAACUGGAAGGAAAUCAAUCAACCGAUUGGACAAGAGUAGAUCUCAACGAAGUACUGAAAUUGAUGGAAGAUCUGAUUGAAUACUUUGCUCAACCGAAUGAAGAACAAGACUUUGAAGAGAAACAGAAUCAUCUUCGAGCACUGCGAAGUCGUCAAGACCUUUUCCAGGAAGAAGGAGUUCUCAACAUGAUCCUUGACACUAUCGAUAAGUUUUCUCAAAUGGAAGCUCUUCCUGAUUUUGCUGGACUGAUUGGAGAAGAAACUCACAUCAAAUGGGAACAGAUCUCUACCUAUUUGUAUCUUUUGGUGGCUGCAAUGAUCAAAGGAAACCAUUACAAUUGUGCUCAGUUUGCUUCAGCCCAAAGACUUGAUUGGCUCUUCGGAAGAUUGAGUAAUCCACAAUCAGCUGAAGGAAUUCUCGAUGUACUGUAUUGUGUGUUGACUGAAUCUCCAGAAGCAUUGAAUAUGAUCAACGAAGGGCACAUUCGAUCUGUCAUUUCGCUGUUAGAAAAAGUGGGAAGAGAUCCAAAAGUUCUGGAUGUGUUAUCGUCUCUCUGUGAAGGAAACGGAAUGGCUGUCAGAAGUUCACAAAACCUUAUCACUCAAUAUCUGUUACCCGGAAAAGAUCUUUUAUUACAAACAUCAAUGAGAGAUCAUGUAUCCAGUAUGAUGCCCAACGUGAUGCUCGGAGUUGUCGAUGGAUCCGCUCUAUUCCGAAAAUGGUAUUUCGAAGCAGAAGUGGAACACAUCGAAACCAUGACCAAACAGACUCCAUAUCUUCGAAUCGGAUGGGCAAACAGUGUUGGAUUCAAGCCGUUCCCUGGAUCUGGAGACAAAUGGGGAUGCAAUGGAGUUGGAGAUGACUUCUAUUCUUACGGUUUUGAUGGAAAAUCAAUGUUUUUCGGAGGAAAAUCAAGAAUAGUUGGACACAAACUUUUGGAGAAAGGUGACGUCAUCGGAUGCUCCAUCGACUUGACGAUUCCUGAAAUCAGAUUCAGUGUCAACGGAUCCUACAUGAGUGGAUCUUUCAAAAAGUUCAACACCGACGGAUAUUUCUUCCCUGUUAUGUCCCUCUCUGCCAAAGUCUCUUGUCGUUUUAUCUUGGGAGGGAAUCAAGGAAGAUUGAGAUAUGGACCACCUACUGGAUUUUCGGCAGUUGUGGAAGCAGUCAACGGAGAAUUAGGUAUCACUGAUUGCCUAUCAUUCGGUGAUUUGGGAAAGAACAUUUUCUGUGGUCCACAGACAAUUUUCAACAAUUUGGAACCAUUCAUUCCAACUCCCAUCGACGUUUCAACCACCCAACUCACACACCAUGCAAUGGAAAUGCAUCAGAAAUAUGCUGAAAAUCUUCACGAGCUAUGGGCAAUGAGGAAGAUUGAACUUGGAUGGUCAUAUGGAGAAACAAGAUCAGAAACAUCUAGAAAACAUCCGUGUCUCACGAGAUUCGAGCUGCUCCCGGAAACUGAAAAGAAGUACAACAUAAUGUUGGCAUUGACAACAAUGAAAACAAUUGAAGCCCUUGGAUACCACCUCAUUACUGACGAUCCACCAUGCAGACUGAGAGCCGUGCGAUUAGCCCAAAACUUCCAACAAUCGAAUGGCUAUAAACCCGGACCACUGGAUACUCAUGAGAUCCAACUUCCAGUCGAACUUCAGCCACUCACAGAAGCCCUUGCUCGAAACACUCACAACAUUUGGGCGAAGGAAAAGAUCAAAAGAGGAUGGACGUUUGGGCUGAGUGAACACGUGGAUGCCACACAGAAGAGAUCACCUCAUCUGGUCCCGUAUGAGCAGGUUGACGAGAGAAUCAAACAGGCCAAUCGAGAAUCCGCUGCUGAAAAUAUUAGAGCUCUCCAACUAUUCGGUAUUUUCUUGGAACCACCAGCACACGAACAUGAUGAAAUUGCCGAGAAGGAGUUGAGAGCACGAAAAGAUAAUACCAGAACUUAUCGUGCCGAAGCCACGUAUGCAGUUAAUGGAGGAAAAUGGUACUUUGAAUUUGAAAUUCUGACUGCUGGUUACAUGAAAAUCGGAUGGAUGGAUAUCGGAUCAACACCAGAAAUCCAACUGGGAGCUGAUGAUAGAAGUUAUGCUUUUGAUGGUUACCUUGGCAGAAAAUGGCAUCAAGGAGCAGAAACAUAUGGAAAGGAAUGGAAGAUCGGAGAUGUCGUUGGAUGUUUCCUCGAUCUGAAUGACCGUACCAUCAGUUUCUCUCUUAAUGGAGAACUUCUUCUUGACCCAUCUGGAUCUGAAAUGGCAUUUGAUAAUGUUGUAUGUGGAGAUGGACUAGUUCCAGCAAUGACACUUGGAAGUGGACAGAGAGGAAGACUUAACUUUGGACAACAAUCCAAUUCUCUAAAAUUCUUCACAACUUGCGGUCUACAAGAAGGAUACGAACCCUUCUGUGUCAACAUGUACAGAACUAUGCCAAUGUGGUUUGCCAAGCAACUUCCAAGAUUCGAAGAUAUUUCCACUCUCAAGUCAGGAUCUAUAUUAGAAGUUACUAGAAUUCCAGCAACUGGAAAUAGUCCACCAUGCCUGAAGAUAUUGCAAAAAGUAACGAUAUCGGAAGGAGGUCCAUCCGAGAAAGCAAAGAUGGAGUACAUCAGAUUGUCAUUACCGGUCAAGUGUAAUGACACUUUUGUGAAGAACAAAGACAAAGAAGCGAUUCGGCGUCAGCUUCAAGACUACAAGCCUCGUUCCCAAUCAGUUGUCAGUCAGAUUCGUGCUCCAGGAAUUCCCAAAGAAUUCGACGAUAAUAAAGAGAAGAAGGGAUUCUUGAGAAGUAUGCUUGGAUCGAAAGACUCUCAUGAAUCAGAUGACGAUCGGAAUAGAUCUAGAACAACAUCAAAGCAACCAAGUAUCGAAGGAGAUGAACCACCAGCAGUCAGGUAUGUCAUUUCCUAUUUUCGUUUGUUGUUCUCUUUUAUUUUUUCGACUAGAAGUCGUUACAGUCAACGUCGGCGUGUUCUAACCCUAAUGAACUUCGGUAUGUAUUCGUUCGACGAAUCGAUUCUGACGUGGUUGCACGUCAACGAAGAGGAUAAUCACAAAUGGCAGGACGUGUUGAGAAGAAGUCUUCUCGAACUUCCACAUGAAGAACGACAAAUUGCUGAAGAGCAUAUGAGAGAUUUGAAUGAUCGUCAUGCUGAAAAACCAAAGAAAGGCGGCAUUCUGAGCAGACUGCGUGAUUCCAGCAACACCCGAAAGAAUUUCAGAGAUAGCGAUAGAAGGAAAGAGGAUAAGGCAGCAGCUUUAAGACAGAUGAAAUCCAACUCAAGAAGUUUUGACGCCGGAAGUCUUGAUACUUCAACUCUCCCAACUGGUCAAAAGGAUGUACUGGAUCCCAUUUGGGUUCUACAAGAUCAGUUCCACGAGGAAGACACAGUGUCCGGUGAGAAGCAAGCGCCGCAUCAAAGCCUCUCCUUUCUGGCAAAACUCUCUUAUAAUCUCUCUCUCUCUCCCUAUCUCCCAAAAACUUUCUCCUCUCUUUCAAAUGCAGCAUGGUACUCGAAAACAGAUGUGAAAUUUGAAUUUUCAGCCUCUAGCGAGAUGCCUCUAUCCGGACCAGGACGACAGUUGACAAUCAAAAGAGGAUCAGUUAAAAAGGGGAAGAAGGGGAAGAAGGCUGAAAUUGCUCUCGAGAAAGCUAUGGAAAGAGAAAAGAAGGGAUCUAUCAUUCCCAUGGAAGCUCAACUGGAUGUUCUUCAAGAAGGAGAUGCUCAUGCUCUCGUUGCUCUGAAAGACAAAGUCGACGAAUAUUACUAUGGAGUCAGAAUCUUCCCAGGACAAGAUACGUCACAAGUCUGGGUUGGAUGGGUUACCACUCAAUAUCACUACUACAAUGUGCACUUUGAUGGAAAUCAAGGUGUCAGAAAAUGUAGAUUCUCUGAAGCAGACCAUCAUGGAACUACUGUGGACAGUGUUCAAUCUCAAAACUGUUACAUGGUGAAUGUAUCCGAGCUGUUGGAAAAGACUGCAGAUGUUGCUAACACAAAAGUAUCUGGAACUCUGAUCGGAUGUAUCAUUGACACUUCUAUUGGAGAAUUAAGUUUUCAAGUUGGAACCACUGACACUGGUGUCAAAUUCAAACUGGAGCCUGGAGCUAUGCUCUUCCCAGCGGCAUUCGUCACACCAACAGCAACCGAUAUUCUUCAAUUUGAACUGGGCCGCAUAAAAUACACUUUCCCGUUGUCAGCUGCCAUGUUCAAAUCUUGUGAGAAAUCUCUUGUGCCAUUCUGCCCACCACGUCUCACAGUGGAGCAAAUCGAAUCUGUGUAUUGGGCUCGUGUUCCAAACGAGACUCUAAGAACGACAGCAUUGAAACUAUCUGAAGUUCGAGAAAACGAGGGGCAGUGUUGGGGGGAAGGGGUAGCUCGUGGUCGGUCGGUGCAGAGGAAGGGGGGACAGAUGGGGGAGUCGGAAAGACAGGUGCGAAGGAGGAGGACGACUGUAUUAUUGUUGUUUUCAGGAUGGUCGGUUUUGUGCAACGACCCAGUUCGAAUUAUGUCGGUGUACAUUCCGGAGAAAGACCAGUCAUUGGACAUUUUGGAAAUGAUUGAGAUGCCUGACAUGCUGGAAUUCCAUCGGCAAACUUUGAAUCUGUACUGCAAAUUAGCAAGCCAUGGAAACCAUAAAGUAGCUCAUACAUUGUGCCAACACAUCGAUGAAGAUCAAAUAAUGUAUGCCAUCAAGUCACACUAUCUUUCCGGACCAAUGCGUCAAGGAUUCCACGAUUUGUUGAUUGGUAUUCAUUUGAUGAGUCACACAGCUGCUAGAAACAGUAUGGCAAAAGAAUAUGUAAUUCCUCUGGUUCCUCAAUUGCAGAUCAAAAAUGUAUUGGAUCCAGAUAGCGAAUCUAGAUAUCCACAAAUAACUGGUCAAUCUGUCUCGAUGCUAUCCCAGAUGGCUGCUGAACCAGUGAAGAAACAUAUCAGCAGAGAGGAAGAAAUGAAACUUCUACCGCCAUCUGUAGAUUUUGAUGCUUUGAAGAAACACGUUAUGGAAUCACUUCAAUCAGCCACACAUCAUGCAGUUAUGAACUGUAGAGAUCUGAUCGGUGGAGACAAUACCAACCACUUUGAGCCACUCUUCAAGCUAUUCGAUCAACUUCUUGUCAUCGGAUUGAUCAACGAUGAAGAAUUGGAAUGUCUCUUACGACUGAUCCAUCCACAAGCCUUCGAUGAGAGUUAUAAGAAUGGAACAACACAAAAGGGACUGACUCAGCUGGAGCUCGCAGAGCCUGUUAAACUCCAACUUGUCAGUAUUCUCGAUCAUCUUUGCGAUAUUCAACUUCGCUAUCGUAUCGAAUCACUUGUUGCUUUCACAGAAGGAUUCGUGGGAGAAUUACAAUCAGAUCAAUGCAAAAGAUACAUGGAAAUCAAGCAAACAGACAUGCCACCAGCCGAAGCUGCGAAGAAAACAAAGGAGUUCAGAUGUCCGCCAAAGGAACAAAUGUUCCGUUUGUUAAUGUGCAAAGUGAAAGAAGAAAGAGAUCCAGAAUUCAUGGAAGAAGAUGCAGAUGUGGAUCAAUGUCCAAUGGCGGAGAGUCUUCAGCAACAAUUGCGAGAUUUCUGUGAAUUGUUGGUUGGAAAAAUCGGAAAUGCCAAGGAGGGAGAAUCUGAAGAUCAGUUGGCAUUGAUAGAGUCGGAAGAAGGAUCUUGGGUUGACUCAUUCGCUAGAAUCGUUGUGAAAGUUCCACCACCAUUGGAAGAAGAAGGAAUGGAAAUGCAGAAGAAGGGAACUCAAAACUUCAGAGAAAUCAUUGUCACGAUGCUCCGUGAAUGGGCUCAAGCUGAUUUCAUAGAGAGCAAGGAUCUGAUUAGAAGCAUGUUUAAGCUCCUUCUCCGUCAAUAUUCUGGAAUCAGAGAGAUCCGCGAUGCCAUGUCUCAAGCGUAUGUGUUCCACGAGAGAAAUGCAGCUGACGUCACUGACUUCAUCGUGUACCUCAUUCAAAUUCGCGAACUUCUUACUGUACAAUUCGAGCAUACAGAAGAAGCAAUUCUGAAGAGGGGAUUAUGGAAGUUGAUGAACAACAGAAUUUUCUUCCAACAUCCAGAUCUGAUGAGACUUCUCUCUGUUCAUGAGAACGUGAUGUCCAUUAUGAUGAAUAUUCUGACAGCACAACAAGGAACAGUAGAGCAUGAAGGAGAUGAGGUGAAGGAGAAGGCUCCAAUCAAAGAUGCAUCGGAAAUGGUCGUCGCUUGCUCCAGAUUCCUUUGCUAUUUCUGUAGAACUUCACGUCAGAAUCAGAAGGCAAUGUUUGAACAUCUAUCCUUCCUUCUCGAUAAUGCAACCAUGCUAUUGGCGAGACCAUCUUUAAGAGGAUCUGUUCCCUUAGAUGUUGCCUAUUCAUCAUUCAUGGAUAACAAUGAAUUGGCACUGGCUCUCAAAGAAGAAGAACUCGACAAAGUGGCCGUCUAUCUUUCCAGAUGUGGAUUGCAACCAAAUUCCGAACUGAUUACCAAGGGAUAUCCAGAUAUCGGAUGGGAUCCAGUAGAAGGAGAAAGAUACAUCGAUUUCCUUCGAUUCUGUGUAUGGAUCAAUGGAGAAAACGUGGAAGAAAACGCAAAUCUUGUCAUCCGAUUGUUGAUUCGAAGACCUGAAUGUCUCGGUGUUGCUCUGAAAGGAGAAGGCCAAGGACUUUUCUCGGCAUUCAAAGAAGCCAUCGCUCUUUCUGAAGAUAUUAGACUCCUCGAAAAUGAUUCUCAUCCCUCCAUGCUUACAUCAGGAUUGCUUGGAGAGAAUCCAACGUAUCCAUCCAAGGAAAUUGAAGGAGAAGAUUAUAUUGACUUGGGAGCAGCAACUCUCGAUUUCUAUUCCAGUUUGGUUGAUUUGCUCGCCAAAUGUGCUCCAGAUCCAAUGGCCAUCCAGGCUGGUAAGGGAGACUCACUUCGAGCCCGUGCUAUCCUUCGAUCUCUGAUCUCUCUUGAUGAUCUUGGUCAGAUUCUUGCCCUUCGAUUCACCAUUCCAAAUCUUGCAGCUCCAUCUAUUGAAGCUGUCCGUCGUGCUAACGCCGUUCAGGCAUCUCACACUCAAAAAGCCGUAAUGGCACACACGUUUGCUAUGGUUGCCUCACUGGCGUCUGAAGUAUCCAACACGCGUCGAUCCCAAACAUUUACCUCUGGCGCCAACCUUGCAAGAAGAGGGUUUGAACUAAUCAAUUCACAUUUGUUUCCUUUUCUAACCCCCUCCCUUUCCAGAUUACCGUGUGUAGAAGAAGUAGAUUCUGAUGACUCGAAAUCAUCUGAUUAUGCAUCGGUACACACUUCAUUCUCAAGUGGAAAUGAACUGUUCGCACCGAAAUCGGAGAAGCAAAAAGCUGAACUUCAGUUGUUGAACGAGAAAAAAUAUCCUAUAGUUCAAAGAAGGAGAUCCAGCAGAUACAAUCCGAUUGACAACACCGGACCACUGCCAGGUCUUCUUCCAAACCACAAAGGAUCAGUUCUACUCUUCUUGGAUCGUGUCUACGGAAUAGAUCAACAGGACAUGCUCUUCCAUUUCCUUGAGCAAUCUUUCUUGCCAGAUUUGAGAGCUGCUACAAUGAUGGAUUCGCCUCGAGCACUUGAAUCGGACACUGCUCUUGCUCUGAACCGUUACCUCUGUAACUCUGUCCUUCCACUUCUGACAAACCAUUCCCAUUUCUUCUCUGAUGCCGAACAUCACUCUGCUCUUCUAGAUGCCACACUUCACACCGUAUACAGAAUGAACCGAUUGAAGUCGUUGACGAAGAAUCAAAGAGACGCAGUUUCUGAUUUCUUAGUUGCCAUUACAAGAGAACUUCCACCAGGAAUGAUGAUCAAGUUGUUGAAGAAAGUAAUCAAUGACAUCUUGACAAUGAACGACAUGAAUGUUCUUGUCCCACUCCGUUUGAUUACUCUACACUACGAGAGAUGUGGAAAGUAUUAUGGAUCAGGAAAUCAUUAUGGAGUUGCCAGUGAACAAGAAAAAAGACUUUCUAUGCUUCUUUUCGACGCCAUCUUCGAUACUCUCGGUAGCCGUCCAUACGAUCCAGAACUUUUCGGAAAAGCUCUUCCAUGUAUGACAGCAAUUGGAAGUGCCAUUUCUCCAGACUACUCACUCACCAGUGGACUUGAAGAUGUCAGAAACAAGAGAUGUCCCCUGGUUUAUAAGAAUUUUGUGUUUCAGAAACGAGAAGAAGAAGGUGCUUGGAUCCCACGUACAGUCGACGUCUCGAGAUGUGAGAUCAAUCGAGAUUUGGAAAAGAUGACAGAGCUGUUCGCUGAACAUUUCCAUGACUCUUGGGCAAGCAGAAAACUGGAGAAAGGUUGGGUUCAUGGCGGUUUGUACUCAAGAGCCAACUUCACUCAUCCACGUCUGAAGCCGUUUGCUUUGCUGAAAGAUUUUCUUAUUCUCUCAUUUCAGGAAAAAUCGUUCUACAAAGAGAGAUGUUCAGAGUGCCUAAAAGCAUUGAUGGCAUGGAGUUAUUCAUUCGAUAUGGUGGAUAGAGAUGCAAAUGAUCGUGCUUCAGCUGCUCGAACUCUUUCUGGAACUUCAAUUUCGAACUUUGCCCCGAAGCCAAUCGAUUUAAGUUCUAUGACCCUUGAAAAGGAUAUGGUCAAUGCAGCUGAGAAAAUGGCUGAACACUCUCAUUUGAUUUGGGCUAAGAAAGUGAUGAAUGAUCUGAACACGAAGGGAGGAUUCAUGCCAAUUCCACUGGUUCCAUGGGAUUUGUUGACUGAUUUCGAAAGACGAAAAGAUAGAUUCAGAGCAUCCGAGAUUCUGAAGUUCUUGCAAUACCAUGGCUAUCAUGUUAACUGUCCAAAAGACGAGCAGUCUCAAAACGACCGAAUGAAGAGUGAAGGGGAAAGAUCAUCAGUAGAGAAGAGAUUCGCUUACAAUCUGUUAGAGAAACUGAUCACUUAUCUGGAACAAGCAAGUUUGAAAAUGAAGUCAGUGAAGCCAUCUCAAGAAUUGACAAGACGAAAUUCUUUCAAAAAAGAGGGACAAGAUGUGAAAUUCUUCGAGAAAGUCGUUCUGCCAUUGAUGCAUGCUUACUUCAAUGCUCACAAAAAUUAUUUCCUGGAGGGAUCGUCGAUCGUGCAGACUGGAACAGCCAGUAACAAGGAAAAGGAAAUGGUUGCCAAUCUGUUCUGUCGUCUCGCAGCUCUUCUCCGUAUCAAGAAUCGAGCAUUCGGAAGUGUCGCUAAGAUCACUGUCAAAUGCCUUCAAGGAUUGACACAGGCACUUGAUCUCAGAACAUUGGUCAAAGUCAAUUCUGAUAUCGUUCGCACAUCUCUUCUCACAUUCUUCAACAACUGUGCUGAUGAUUUGUAUGCUGCUGUAAACGAACUCAAGGACGGAGGCCAAUAUUCACUGAUCAGAGGACAAGCUUUGAAAUCGUGGAACUCUUUUGAGUUCGCAAACCAGAUGAUCGUUCCUGUUCUUACUACAAUGUUUGCACACCUUGCCAGAAAUCAUUUUGGAACUGAUUUGCUUUUGGAUGACAUCCAAGCAGCCUGUUAUAAAAUUCUGGACUCUCUGUACAUGGUCACUGGACUGAACAGCUCCAUCUCUCACAGAAAGUUUAUUAGCAGUGAAAGCGAGAAACAUCGUCCUGGUCUUGGUCAAUGCCUUGCUGCCUUUGCCUCUUGCUUCCCGGUUGCCUUUUUGGAACCGGAAUUUAAUAAGAGCAACAAGUUCUCAGUUCUCGCCAAGACCCAAGAUCAAUCCGUUCAAGUUCAAGAAAUGCUUCAGAAUCUUUCUACUCAUAUUCCACAUCUCGAGAAACUAUUGACAGAUCUUGAAACAGUUGCCAACAACAACACUAUGUAUUCUGAUGUGCCCAACGUUUACGAUGUGGAUCUUCCAUUGAUGUGCUCGUAUAUGGCACAUUGGUUCAAUGUUGGACCAGAUGGAAAGAGAGAUAAGGAUGAUCAGAGAGCAAGUGUGAUUCAGACAACUAGUGUCAGUUGUGAUCAUAUCAACAGAAUUUUCAAUGCACUUCUCAAGAUGAUACGAAACCAUGUUGGAAUUGAAAAUGCUCCGUGGCUUUGCCGAGUGAACUGUAAUUUCAUCAUCUUCGCUGUACAAAUCAUCCAAAAUGUCACAUCCGAUCCAGUUCGAGAAUUCGUUUUACCAAUCGCAGAAAGAUUGAGAAGAAUGAGUGAGAAGGCGUACAAAGAAGAAGAGCACAUGAGAACCCAUCCAGAUGAUGCUGAUGAAGGAACUGUUGCAGAGGUAAUUACAACCGAAAGAUCGAAUUCUACUAGCUUUAAUUCCAGGACAACGCUCGCCUCGUCCUACACGGACCUUCAUCGUGCCCAGUGGCUCAAAUCUCCCACCUGGGAAACAGAUGGAGUCUAUGAAAACGUGGCGGUCAUCUUCAGAAUCUGGAGUCAGAGUCAACAUUUCAAACGAGAAGAACUCAACUACGUGGCUCAAUUUGAAGAAGACGCCGCUGCUAUGGGCGGUGGAGAUAUGAAGACUGGAAAAGCAGCGAUUGCAGAGAGAAAGAAAAAGAGAAGAGAGGGACAGGUUAGUUCGAGGGGAUCACAGAAAAUUCGAAUUUCAAAAAAAAAAAGAAGCAAAACCAUAAUAAUACAGGAUAAGAUGAAAGAGUAUUUCGACAGAAACGGAAGACCAAUCGUAAGUUUUGACACGACCGAAAAACCUUUUGUUGAGCAAAUAUGUUGUGUCUCGUCGUCCGAUUAUUUCGAUCAUUCAAUUAAGAAAGACAAACAUGCUGCAAGUAUUGUGAUCGCUUGCCUCAAAAGACUUCUUCCCGUUGGAUUGAACGUUUUCGGUGGAAGAGAAUUGGACAUUGUCCAACAGUCAAAGGAAAAAUUCAUUCAGAAGGAAACCGAAGAGAAGAUCCGAGAAUUCAUCAAAGGACUUCUUGAGAUUCCAGUCAAAACUGAUCCAACUGAUAAGAAUGCAUGGCAACUUUCACUUUACCGCAAAAUUGGAAAGUCCCAAAUGCGCGGAAAAGACGAGAUGUCUCAAGAAGCGGUGAUUGAGAAAAUUUUCAACAUGGGACAAGUCAGCGCUAUUCUCCACGUGAUCACUCGAACCAAGGAUCGACGACGACGUGCUCACCAUAGAUGGAAGUAUAAUCGAAAACAGCAUCUGACACAAAUGAACAAUUCGGACACGGAGCAUCCUCAAAUGCAAUUGUCUCAAGCAUGGAAAAAAGUGGUCGUGCAGUUGUCGCGUGUUUCCGCAUGGUUCCGCUGUACGGAAUACCAAGAAGGAAGACAUUUGGAAGAAAGUGCUUACAUUGCAAAGAAAGCGAAUGGCUAUUUCUCUCAUCACUGCCUCUCAUUUGUACAAGACCGAAUUGAUCAACUUAUUGCUGAUAUUUGCACUGGAAUUGAAGAGGAAGAAGGUCCAAGAAUUGAGAUCAUCAUGGAAGAAGGAGUUCCAAUCGUGGCAAGUUCAGAAGAGCCAAAGGAGAAGGAAACAAAUCCAGACCCUCUGAAACAACUGAUUCGUUGUUUCCAAAGAGCUGCAACUAGUGAAGAGACGGCAGCUUCUGCAAUCCAUGAAGACAGUUUAUACAUCCGAUUUGCUGAUGUUAUGGCAAAGUCGAUUCAUAUUGAAGAGGAAGAUGGAGACGAUGGUGAAGAAGGAGAAAUAGAUCAAGCUGCGAAAGAAGAACAGACACAAGCGCUCCGUGGAGAACAGGCAGUGUUGGCCAGUCGUGGAGCAGCUAUAAUGUGUCUGAUGUAUUUAUCAGCUUCUGGUGGAGAACCGAAUGAGAUGGUUGCUCAAACUCUUCAACUUGGAAUUCAUCUUCUCAGCGGAGGAAACGUCGAAAUUCAGAAAAUGCUGAUCGAAUAUCUCCAACUUAAAAAAGACGUUCGUUUCUUCACCUCGAUGGCUGGGUUGAUGAACAAAUGCUCUGUCCUAAACCUGGAAAUGUUCGAAAGACAAAUCAAGGCUGAAGGACUUGGAAUGGGAGCUGAACUCGCUUCAGGAGACAAUCAGAACUUGAACGAUGCAGAUUUCACUUGCUCAUUGUUCCGUUUCCUGCAACUCACUUGUGAAGGACACAACCUAGAAUUCCAAAACUACCUUCGAACACAACCUGGUCAUACGACAAGUGUCAAUUUGAUCAACUGUACCGUUGAUUAUCUUCUUCGUCUUCAAGAAUCUGUCAUGGAUUUCUAUUGGCACUAUUCCAGCAAAGAAGUCAUCGAUGAGGGCGGAAAAGAAUAUUUCCUCCGUGCAAUUCAAGUGUGUAGUCAGGUUUUCAACACACUCACGGAGUCUAUCCAGGGUCCGUGUGUUGGAAACCAAAUGACAUUGGCAAACUCUCGUCUCUGGGACGCCAUCAACGGAUUCUUCUUCUUGUUUGCUCACAUGAUGGAGAAAUUGUACAAGAACUCUACACAACUUGAACUUCUUCGAGAGUUCCUUAAUCUGCAAAAGGAUAUGAUUGUUCUUAUGCUCUCUAUGCUUGAAGGAAACGUUCUGAACGGAUCCAUUGGAAAGCAAAUGGUGGACGCUCUCGUAGAGUCUCAACCAUCCGUCGAAAAGAUCCUAAAGUUCUCUGACAUGUUCCUCAAGUUAAAGGAUUUGACAACAUCUCAAGCGUUCCAAGAUUUCGACACCAAUCAAGACGGAUGGAUCAGUCCUAAAGAAUUCCAAAGAGCCAUGGAAAGUCAGAAAAUGUACACAGUAGAAGACAUAACUUAUCUGAUGAUGUGUACUGAUGUGAACAAUGACGGAAAAGUGGACUACAUGGAAUUCACAGAACGAUUCCACAAUCCUGCCAGAGACAUCGGAUUCAAUUUGGCAGUUUUGCUCGUCAAUCUGAAAGAACACAUUACAAAUGAUCCGAGACUCGAAAAAAUUAUCGAAAAAGCUCAAACACUUCUGGAAUACUUCGAUCCAUUCCUUGGAAGAAUUGAAAUCAUGGGAUCGUCAAAACGAGUUGAAAAGAUCUAUUUCGAAAUCCAAGAGUCCUGGCUUGAGCAAUGGGGCAAACAACAGAUUAGGGAUUCGAAGAAUUCAUUCUUGUUCAAUGUUCUACAAGAUGAUGGUGGAGAUCAAGGAAAGCUGGAAGCAUUCAUUAACUUCUGUGAGGAUACCAUCUUUGAAAUGCAACACGCAGCCGCCAUCUCAUCUGGAGACAGUGACACGAAAAUGGAAAGAGCCAUCAAGCAGAGGGAUUACUUUUUGCAACAAACAACUGCAUCAGACCAAAUCUCUGAAACUUUCAAGAGCGGAUACAACUAUGGUAUCUCUGCUGCGUCUGCUCUCAGCCCACAGAAUAUCACAACAACCAUCAAGAAUGUGACCACUUCCGUUAGACAAAUGACCUGGACCCAGUUAUUGUAUUCCAUUAUCAUUCUUAUCAUUAGAGCUGGAUUGGCCAUCGGAUGGGGUGGAUAUCUCCUUCUGAUGACAAUCUUCCGAUUCGCUUAUUUCCUGACGACGUCAUCUGAAGAGGAAGAGACAGCGAAGAAUGAUAGUCUAAAAGAACCACCAAAGAUGAUGAAUCAUGAGUAUGUGAACAUCUUUAAAAUUCAUAAGUAUUCCUUUGUUUUCAGUCAUGCAACAUUUAGUCCACCCAUCGCGCAAGAAUUCCAUCAUUCGCAUGUUGGUGUGGAUGCAUUCGGAGUUGGAAUGAAUGCAGAUCAUCUUAACGUCAACUCCCUACCAGAUUUCGUGCCUCCACCAAGACCAGAAACACCAGAAACUGUUCUGUCGGAAGAAGAGAAGCCACUCAAUUCAGAGCCUCAAUCACCAACUUCCCCGACAGCCGCUAGCAAGGCACCAAGUAUUUAUGAAUCGAUCGGAGCACCACAAAUGGUUCAACUACAAUCCGAAGCGGACUUCCAGCAAGGGCAAUACGAACCAAAGAUCGCUGAAUCGAAUUCCACAAAGACCAAAGGAUCGAUUCUUAAUAUGCUCGCCAGAAACUUCAAAACCAUCGAAAAAAUUACUCUCUACUUGGCUUUCUUCAUCAACGUUAUUCUUCUUUUCCAUCGUGUAGACAUCAGUCAUACGGAAGCUGCGGAGACAGCUUCAGAAGGCGAUGACGAUGAAGAUGCCGUUGAAUCAAUCUUCAUCACAGGACUUCAAUUCCCUUAUAUGGAAUAUGAGAUAACGGGAUGGAUGUUGGCACAGGUUCUGUAUUGGAUCAGUGUACUCCAUCUAUCAACAUCAUUCGCCCUUUUGGUCUCAUUCUAUCAAUUGAAAAUUCCACUUAUCACUUUCAAACGUGAAAAGGAGAUUGCCAGAAAAUUGAUGUUUGACGGAUGUUGGAUCACAGAAGAGGAUUCAGAAGAACUUGGAAUCGUUGAUACAUUUAUGUGGUAUUUGGACAGAAUCGUCAUCUCUGCCAAAUCAUUCCCCAUGAUGUACUGGGACAAGUUCGUACGCAGAAAGACACGAUCAAAGUUCAAGGAUCAAGUUGACGAGGAGACUUUGACUUCGAUUUUAGGAGAAGAAAAGAUGUCCACUGAUUCAAGCUACGACUACAGAUAUUCUUGUUGGUUGUGGAUUGGAGUCAUUUUCACCAACGGACAAUUCUUAUACCGAGUCGGAUAUCUACUCUGUUCCGCUUGCGGAGUCUUCCUUUCACCAUUCUUCUACGCAUUCCACCUCAUUGACGUCGUGCUCUCUUUCCCCAUGUUAAAGGCUAUCCUUCAAUCUGUGACCCAUAAUUUACAACAACUUAUCCUCACCAUCAUGAUGACACUUGUAGUCGUAUAUCUCUACACUGUCCUUGCAUUCAACUUCUUCCGUAAAUUCUACGUUCAAGAGGGAGAAGAUGGCGAAGAGCCGGAUCGAAAAUGUCAUAAUAUGCUCACCUGUUUCAUCUACCAUUUCUACGCCGGAGUGCGUGCCGGAGGAGGUAUUGGAGAUGAACUGGAGAGUCCAUACGGAGACGACCUGGAGUAUCCGAGAAUGUUCUACGAUAUUUCAUUCUUCUUCUUCGUCAUCGUUAUUCUUCUUGCCAUCAUGCAGGGUUUGAUCAUCGACGCUUUCGGAGAGCUUCGUGAUCAACAAGAAUCCGCUACCGAGAAGCUCGAAUCGUCUUGUUUCAUCUGCGAUAUCGGAAAAGAAACGUUCGAUCGAAUGCCUCGAGGUUUUGAAAUACAUACAACCAAGGAGCACAACUUUGCUAAUUAUUUGUUCUUCCUACAACAUCUGGUGAACAAAGACGAAACAGAAUAUACCGGUCAAGAGACCUACGUACGUGAAAAGUACGAUAACCGGGAUUGGGAUUUCUUCCCAGUUGGAGAAUGUUUCGUCAAACAAUACGAAGAUCAGCUACUACAAUCAUAA